CAGCUUGUGCUUAGCGAAAUUGUCAAAAAGGGAAAAGUAUUGUAAACAGAAAAUUUAAUUAAAAUUUUAAUUAAAAUUAGAAAUGUCUAGCCGUAAUCCUAAUACGCUAAUGAGCGUCCCGGACGAGCAGUUUGAUUACUUGUUUAAAAUCGUGCUUAUUGGUGAUUGCGGAACAGGUAAAACAUGCAUUGUUCAGCGACUGAAGUCAGGAAAUUUCAUAGAAAGGCAUGGGAAUACAAUAGGCGUCGAUUUUUCAAUGAAAACGCUCAUUGUGGAUGGAAAGAAAGUCAAGCUUCAAAUAUGGGAUACUGCAGGCCAGGAAAGAUUUAGAACCAUCACACAGAGUUAUUAUCGCUCAGCAAACGGCGUAAUUAUCGUUUAUGACAUCACCAAACGUUCAACAUUCUUAUCUCUGCAAAAAUGGAUAGAGGAAGUACGAAGGUACACAUCGUCCAAUGUCAUUGUAUCUCUAAUUGGCAACAAGUGCGAUUUAACCGAACAACGAGAGGUAGAGCCCGAUGAGCCGAAAUCAUUUUGUCGAUAUGUGCCUGAGAUUAUGUUCGUCAUGGAGACAUCGGCUAAGGACAACACUAACGUUGAGGACACUUUCCGCAGUCUGGCUACUGAAUUGAAGAGACAACACGACAACAGCGAAGGUCCGCCAGCCGAGUCGGACUCCGUGGUGCUCGGCGAAAGCCACGCCGUAAGUAGGUGCACGCCUUGCCGCUCAUCCUAACUCGCUCACUUUAGAACUGACCAAUAGGAUAUAAAAUAUGCAUGUUUUAUUUGUAUGAUAAUAAUUCUUGAUGUAAUUAAUAGUCAUCCGAUUUAAUUUUUUUGGUAAGAAAUGCAUAGAUCUCCAUGUUUACUACUAGACAGUCUGUGUGCGCAAACGCUUCUUAAGUUCGGUGAAUUCUCCAAAAGUUAUUUAGUCGAUAAAAUUUGAUGUCACACCAAAUCCUCGUCGCCUAUAAAACAAACUGUAGGCCUAGGAUGCACGAUAAACUUUUUUUUAUGUGACAGGAGGCAAACAAGCAGACGGAUCACUUUUAUCGAUUUAGCGCGAUAAAUCCUAACGUUUGUCGUCUAAAAUCGUCGAUAAGAUUUUAAAAUGGCGCGCAUCCUUGGCCGGUUGCUAAUGAUUGGUCGAUAAACUAUCACACAUCGCGCGUAGAAUCCUAUAAAACGUCAUGCCCGCUAUUUUAACUUUUAACAACUUGUCUUUGUUGUGAAAACAAAGAAGUCUUUGCAGCAAUGAGAUACAACGAUAAACUUUUUUUUGACGUAAUAGUAAUCUUCUAAAGUCUACACCAACUUUAAACUAUUUAGGUGUGACCAAUCGAAUAAUCACUAAUCGUUAUUUUCAUAAUACUUGUUUUUAUUUGUUAGAUUUGUAUACUUUUUUACACAUCAUCUUAGUUGUAAGAAUCAAUAAAUGUAAUUUCAGAUCGUUCGCUAUGCAUAAUAAUAUACCCUAUUCGAUUUCUUAUGAAAAUAUUUCUAUUGUGUCUAGUUUUGCAGUAAGUGAGAGAUUUUAAAAAGACGAUAUGAUGAGAAUCAAUCUUAAUCAGUAGAUCAUUAAUAUUGCUGUGAAUAUUUGAUCUUAUUAUGAAUUUUUGAUCUUAAUAUUUUUUUAUUUUAACAAUUUAUGGUUUAAGAUUUAAAUGUUUUCCCAAACAGUCAUAGUGUAAAUAACAAGCAAUUUAUUUUUUGCUCAGAUUUGGAUUAAUUUGCAAUUUUGAUAAUUGCUCAGGGGAAAAUUCAAUAAUGACAGUAUCUUAUAAUUUUAUUUAUUUGACUGUAAGUACUUACUUUCUUUUUAAAGAACUAAAGGUGCUGAAUAAAGGUACCAGUAGUCAUCUGGUCUAUUAAAUUUUUUAUGCAAUUAUUGCAUAAAUAUGAAAACGAUAAAUUAUGAGGCUUUGUAAUUAUUUCUAAAAUUCACUUCACUACAUUUUUGACGGCGUACGGUGCUAAUGGCAAUAAGUCGUCGUAUAAUAAAAAUUUACCUUGCCUUUUUACUUAUUAAAAUUAUUCAAUUAUUGCAUUGUAAAAAUAGUUAUAAAUUAACGCGCUAACGUAAUAGAAGAACUACACACACUAAAAAUGGUUUAGCCGAAACAAGAUCAAUUUCUUCUACCUCUUAAAUUAAUAUUAGUUUCGUCGAAUCUAUAUGUGUCAUUGUAUGCCAUGUUCUUAUAUUUUAUUCCAUUAUACAUUUAACUAUUUACACAUUGUUUAGUCUUAAAUGUCACAAAUUAUAAUAAUAAAAUUUUGCUGGUUAAAAUUUCCCACCCUAAAUUAUAGGUCCGAUUCUGUGCUGACACUCUUUUCUAUCUAAUUUCUUCUUUAGUUAGAUAAAGAGAGAUAGAGGUUCUUUUGAGCUGUCAAAGUAGAAAAAAUAUUUAUUUGACAGCUGGAUGUUUUUUAUAAUCUUUUAUUAUGGCCCAAAAGAGAAGAACUUAGUUUUAUCGUUAGUUGGUGCUACGCUGCCUAAAUUAUUGCUGUUUGUAGCUUUACCAUGAGUUUACAUUAAAUGUUAUCGCUAGCGAGUGCGUAAAAACAUCUAUAAAUGUUAGUUCUUGAAACUAACCGCUAAGGGCGCUGUUCAACUAAUCUGUCGUAUAUUUUUUCAAGGUCGCUAGCGAGUGCGUUUGACCAUACACACCGUUUUCUGCCUUCAAGUUUAGUGGAUAAUCUUAAAACUUCUAUAAAAAUAAAAGGUUAACCAAGCAGUGACAGCACUUCGAACUACACAGUACACAUUGAUGCAAAAUUGCACCUUAUGGCGUACCAAACUAAGCUCUAAAUUAUAUGGCCUGGGCCCGAUCAUUUCAAGAGACAGCAGAAUCAGGCCUUCACCACUCGGCCUUCAAUCGGCCCAUAUUACUAUAGCUUUAAUUUAAUUAAGUAUAAUGAAUUCUCAUUAAUUAUAUCUCAUUGUUUUUAGUUUAACGACAACGUAUCAGUUUCGAAAUUGUAAAUAACGUUAGUUAUAUUAGUAAUAUAAUACCACCUAAUCGAGACUGAUAUAAGCCAUGUAUUUAGUAUUCAAUAUUGUAAACAGACGUAUUUUUAUCUAUGUUAGACAUAACGUUGGAUAUACAGGGUGUAAACACCGAUAUACUACCAAUUAAACUGGAUUCAGCUCUUCCUACUUUGAAUUGAUUAAAUCAUAAUUUGUCUUUAGUGCAAAUAUACAUUUGUUAUUGAAUUUUCUACGGAACUAAAUUAAUAAAUAUUUAUAGGAUGUGUUUUUAGCACAUUUUUAUGUAAAAUAUAACUGUCUACGGUUUUACAGCAAUGGUAGUAUGUAUUUUAGAGUAAUGUAGCUCUAAGAAAAUUACACCUUGUAUAUCGUUUAUUGUAUAGAUGACCCACGCUGAACUGUCCCACCAAACUCAAUGACAGAGGGGAUUAUGGUUUCCAACAUGGCAAAAAUCUGAACCAGCGAUCCGUUAUUGACGGUGGCGCCCCGCUGUCAAUGUCAUGGAUAGGACAGUUCAGUAUAUUGGAACUAUAUUUCAAUGAUUCGGAAUUGUAGCUGUGACGUCCAUAGAAUUGACAUGUAACAUUAUGUAUAACAUUAAUAGAUGUCUAGAAUUUUAUCAAUUUCGUAGCUAUAGUUUAUUUACAUGCCACCUUUUCGGCCUGAAAUGUUCACUAAUUUCAAUCUACAUCAAUGCUAAUGUAUUUGGUUACGCUACGAAAAAACUAUGAAUCUUAUAUUGUGAUAUGAUUAGUUGAAAUAUGAAAAUUAAACUCAUUUUAGUGCUAAAUCUUUAUUUAUAAAUGAUCGUACUAUAUCAGUAAGAGAUAUCAUUGUAACUUUUAUUUUCGGAAUUUGUUUCCAUUAAUAAAAUAUUGUUAUUAA